AUGUACGAAAUGCGCCUAAUCGGCAACAACCAACAGCAGGUUGAGAUUCGCACGAAUGAGCGUAUGCCGCAAUCGUUCAUGGUGCCUAGAUCCCUGCUGUUGUACUACUGCCCGCACAUCCAUCCGGACCUUACUUUGCCAGGACAGCCAUUCGUUUUCGACACGACUCGGCCCGUCUUGACGCUGNUUUUCAAUUGGCUCUACACAGGGAAAGUCGAGACUGGUGAUUGGUACAACAUCACCUGGCUCUACUGUCUAGGACACUCCGCCAGAUGUAUUGCUCUGAUGCGCUCGGCCAUUUCGCAAUUGCAGAAAGCCUGUCGAAACGACCACACCAACAACACCAAUCUGUUCCGUUAUGAGCACAUCGCUGUCAUUGAUGAGAUGGUCGGCCCUUCACCACUUUCACACUACAUCGGGGACACAUACUUCAAUCACUGGAGACCAGAGGACGAUGCCGGUGUUGACGAAGAUCCAUCAAAGCAUCCAAAGUCAAACUCUUUCUUCAAGAAGUUGUUCGAGCGUUCGUUCCGAGAGCAGAGAGAAGGUGACAACUGCUCGUGCUGCCACGACUAUUGCAAAUACCAUGGCCAUGAAAGCGAAGCAGAACGUCUAACAAGCUCGCCAGUCCCGGUCGUAGAGUCAUCGAAUGUCGCCUCUGUUUCUAUGCCCAAGCCGGAGCCUACAGUACGCAAAGCCCCCAAACCUAAAGCUCCCGUGCACGAAGCCAUGAGAAACGAGCACCCAUCAGGCAUAGACGGCUCCUCAUCGUACGAGACUCGGGCUGCCACAUCCCGCGCUGGAACACCCAGAGCAAAGGCUGAAGAAACAUUGCUCAGCGUCAAAAGCACCGCUCCUGUCGAGUUCCCUGCUGAGUACCAUGGUUUGCUGACAUUCCUGCCUCAAGUCCAGUCAAUCAAGCCCUCGAACUGGUUGGAGAUCGGCGUAGAAGCUGAGGGGUUGNACCAGCUGCCGGAACCAGACAGAAUUAUCGCCGCUGCAAUGAGCUGGAACGGAGAAGAUUACGCACAAACGAAGUGCACGUUCUUCAAUCAAUACGAUGGAACCAUCAACAACCGACGUCAUUGGCUCAAUACUCUCAAGUUUGGGGGACCCAAGUCAAAAGAGAAGGCGGAACGACUUUUGGCCAUGUGGGAGAGUUUGGGAUGGUUGGAUCAUCUCAACGCAAACGCCGACGACGAGACAAUGUGUCAAGAAGCUCCUCUUGUACCUAAGUCUCGAAUACGAACACGAACCUCCUUUGGACCUAGCAAGGCCUGGUGUGCAGAGGAGAAAGAUGCUGUGGCCAAGAUCAUGAAGACCAUCGACACUGACAAGUCCUGCGCAAACAUCGGCAUAACGGAGCGUUCUAGAUUGUGCAGUGAGCGACUAGCAUCUCAACAUGGAUACCACCGCACAGCAUGGGCCGUUCACAGCUAUUGGAACAAGGCACAAGACCUUGCCCAUCCGAUCGCAAUCACAGCAGAGACCCAGCACUUUGACGACGACACACCAGAUGGUGAAGAAGACCUGACCGAUGUCAAAGCAAAGAGAUCCAGCUCAUGGUCUUCGCAGGAAGAGCAGGUGAUGCUUGAGAUUAUGGACGCACUCGAGAAAGAUCCUGCUUACAAGGAUACGGUCCUCAAACAGCGUGCCGAUGUGUGUAAACAGCGCCUGAAAUCUCGACUUGGGACUGAACGCACGUCUGUGGCCAUUAUUGGUCGAUACCGCAUACUGCGUCGUAAGAAAGAGACUGCCAAGACCGAUGGCAGCACCAACGCUUCCGCCAACGACUCUGCUAUCGAAGGUGCUAUGCCCAAUGCCUCUCAGGUCAACCGCCCAAGUAGCAACGCAGUUGUAGGUCGAGAGCACGCUGAGGGCGCCGUUUCGAAUGUGGUCAACGACUUGAAUGUGGUCAACGACUCGAAUGUGGUCAACGACACUGUCAGCAAGAGACCUGAGCGUUGGACAGAACAGGAAGAUAAAGCUUUAGCCGAAGUCAUCAAGGAAGUCGAAGGAGAUUCGAGUCUUUCGGUCUUGAACGAACGCGAUCAGCACAAAGUGUGCAGUGCUAGACUCCUUUCCAAGUAUGAGAUUGAGAGAUCCGCUCAUAGCAUCAAGUCACGUUGGAGAAGAUUAUCGGGGAAGAGAAAGGGUAACGAUGUUGACGGUUCUGACGACAACGACGAUCACGAGCCAUUGAUGAGUCAAAAGAAACGCAGACAGAGAGAGUCUCGUUUUGUCGCUGAAUUGUUUGAUGCCGAAGAGGAAUGA